AUGGGUAAAUAUUGGUGCACAAAGUGCAGUAUAUUUGUUGAUGAUUCCACUCUUGGAAAGAAGACCCAUGAAGCAUCAAAUAAGCAUAAAUCCAGUGUUGUUAGGGCAAUAAAUAGUCUUCAUAAAAUGCAAAGAGAAGAAGAUAAGGAGAAAUCACAAGCGGAAAGGGAAAUUAACAGGAUUAAAAAUGAAUUGGCAUUUGAACAAGGCAGAUCACUGAAAAAAAGAGAGCACGAAGACUCAAAAUCAACAAUAAUUAGAUCAAAAAAAUUUGCCAAAGCCCAGCAGAAGCCCAAUAAUGAUGAAAAAGACAAUAAAGAAACCUCAGUGAUCAGUGGAUGGGUAGCAGUUAAAAAUAAGACUACGACAUUGGUAAAACUGGAAGAGAAAUCAAUAGAGGAAAAUAAAACAACCAAGGGAGAUAAAUUUGAAAUUAAAAUCAAAGAGAGUUCAUCUGUUGAUCUAAACAAGAUAUUAGAGGAGGAGGAAACUGAUAAAAAACCUUCAUUAUCGUUCAAAAAACGAGGGAAAAAGAAGAAAACUUGA